AAUUACUAAGAAUAUAAACAUUUUUCAGCCUAAUUAUUGUCGGCUGAACAAACGCGUUUUUUUCUGAAGCUAUUAUCGGGCAAUUAGAAAAAAACAUACUCGCGGAACAUUAACAUUAUAGACACGACGCACAGUUUUGUUUGUUUAUUAUUUUUUUGCAAGGUUUCCAAAUUUAACAGUUAUUGGUGCAUAAUUAAGUUGUUUAAACGUAAAUAAAACUUGUGCCAUGUCGCACAAUCCGAUAACACAGUUAACCCAGCAGCUGUUCGACUUUUUUACCAUUGCCGGUGACGAUAUUAUUGAAUGGCCAUGUAAACGUUUCCAGCGAUGUGGCGAUCUAGUGCGCUACAACAGUGAUAAUCUUGGAAUUCAGGGCGAUAUAAGUAUUGCGGCCGAUGGCAAGAAUUGGUUUAAAUAUUGUAAUAACCGUGGGCUCAUAUUGCGCUCUGAAUCGGACGCAUUGCUUCUGGAUGAAAGCGCCAUUGCUGAGCUGGUCAAGCAGGCAGAAAACUGGUUGUUCCCUUUGGCCAAGCAACCAGAACUGCGGAAGGAUCGCUACACGCUUCGUCUGCAGCGUCGUCCACUCAUUGCCUACGUGAUUAAUGCCGUCCUAAAGACGGGCGAACACGAACGCUAUGGCGAACAAUGCAAGCACGACAAAUCGCCGACACUCUGUCUGGAGCUGGUCAACGGGGGUAAUGAGAACGAGCUGCGUCAUUAUCGCACACGCCAGUUGCACGACAUUAUCCGCCGUUUGUUGGUCUAUUCCAAGUGGCGUGUGGUGGCGCCAAAGGAUAAGAAUGUUAACACAUUGUGCGUACACGUACAGAGCGCGUGCCAAACGAAUCUGAUGCCACAAUCACGACGGCCGCUGGAUGUUCGCGUUCUAAGCGGUGUGGUUUUGGAGCCGCACAAGAAAUCUGCCACAACUAUGACUACAUCCAAUUACUUGGCUUUGCGCUCUAAUGACAUGCUUCUGAUGGCCAUGCAUCGCCAUGGGCUUCGCGAUUGUACCAAGGAUCGUAACUAUGAUGAACUAUUGCAGCGUUUGGGCGCCGCUGCAGUCAUAGUUGAUCUCUUCGAGGUGCGUCACUCUAGUCCGGCGACAGUGGUGCGUUCUGGAUUGGGUUGUUCCAAGGGCGCUCCCUAUAUGCUUUAUAAUUCAGCGCGACUGGAGACAUUGCUGCGCACCUUCAACGAAAAGGUGGAGGCCGGCGUUUACGAUCCCUUGCCGCCAUUUGAUCAGAUUGAUUUCAGUGCGUUAGAGGAAGAGCUUGAUUGGCAGCUUAUUUAUGGCUAUUUGCUGACUUUUCCCGAACUGAUUGAGGCAUCUUUGGAUCAGCUAAAGCAGGGCCAGUGUGCUGUCCACUUGAUCGUGCGUUACAUUUUCAGCCUCACCAGUCUCUUCAGUCGCUAUUAUCGCCAUAAGCAAAUUCUAGUACAGCAGCGCCCACAUCUGAUGUACAUACUAUAUGCACGCAUCUAUUUAAUCAAGGCUGUGCGUCAGGUGCUCAACGAUGCAUUGGCCCUGCUCGGCAUAUUGCCCGUGGAUUACAUGUAGAUGCCAUAUGUACAUAUAAUACAAGUAUAGUGUAUCAACACAUCCUACCAAAAAUGUGUACAUCAAAAGCUCUGUAUUUGUCCAAAGUAAAUGCUUUUCAAAAUCAUUUUCGGCGGAUACAGCUUCACAUCAUUUAAUUAAAAUAUUAUAUUAAGUAUGUAUGUAUAUAGAUGUAAAACUAACAACAAUUUUAAGUCUUAAAUAUACAUAAUUAUUAAGCUUGGCUUAAACAAUGUAAA